GUUUUACCGUCGACACACGAGGGGAGCAAAGGCAGCUAAGUUCAGAGUUAAAGGCUGAAAUUCGGAAACAUGGGGAAACAGAAGACAAAAAAGUUUGCUGCAAUGAAAAGAAUGAUUAAUCUUAGAGAUCAUAGAAUAAAAGAAAAGGACCGCGCUAAACCCAAAGAGAAGAAGAAGAAGAAAGAUCCUUCAGAACUUAAGGAGCGGGAAGUCACAAAGUAUCCGUCCUGCCUGUUCUUCCAGUACAACACUCAGCUUGGCCCACCGUACCAUAUUCUUGUCGAUACUAAUUUCAUCAACUUUUCCAUUAAGGCCAAGCUGGACAUUGUUCAGUCUAUGAUGGACUGCUUGUAUGCCAAAUGUAUACCCUAUAUCACAGACUGUGUGAUGGCUGAGAUUGAGAAGCUUGGGAUGAAAUACAGAGUUGCUCUCAGGAUAGCCAAGGAUCCACGCUUUGAGCGCCUGCCAUGCACGCAUAAGGGAACAUACGCUGAUGACUGUUUAGUCCAAAGGGUAACCCAGCACAAGUGUUACAUCCUGGCCACUGUGGAUAGAGACCUGAAGAGAAGAGUGAGGAAGAUACCUGGAGUGCCCAUCAUGUACAUCUCAAAUCACAGGUAUAAUAUUGAACGGAUGCCUGACGACUAUGGUGCUCCAAGGUUUUAACAUUUCUGCCCUGAAGUUAACCGUGUAAAUAGACUGAUUAUUCCUGUUGACUGUUUCUUUUUGUGCAUAACAAACAUAUAGAGAGCCAGUGGUUUGAUUUACUUAUGAGUGGAUUUAGUUAUAUUUCAGCUUUUCAAAUUUCAUUAUAUGUUGUGACCAUGACAUGUUUUGUUCCAAUUUGAUUUAUGAAUAAAUGAAUUACAAACUGAA